CCAUUCACCAGUCACUGCAUCGAUCAUAUCAGCCAUCACUUUGAGCAAUUAAGUUUGAAAGGAAAGCAUACUUUUGUAGCUUUCUGCGGAGUCUUCUCAACAUAAUAACGUGUGUUCUGCGCGAAUUGCCGACUCUACCUUCCGCUGGCGUAGUGACUUUGACGUUUUUGUCCCGUUUAGUAGGCCUUGAGGUAGUUUCCUGAACUGUGCUUACAAGGAGGUAAGGGCGACGUGCCAGCAGCGGAGAAUCAUGGCCGAGGAUGCAAAGCAAUCAGUGAAGAAUGUUACUCGUGGGGUGUUGACUACAUUCAAUCGUGCUCGUCAAUUGACUGAGGAGAAACUCGGCCAUUCAGAGAAGACAGACUUUGACCAGAAUUUUGAGAACCUAUCAGCACGUGCUGAUCGUUCAAAACUCUGGACGGAGAAAAUUGUGAAAGAAGCGGAGCAUGUACUUCGGCCAUCAGCAGGCAGUAAUGAAAAGAUUGAGGACUUUGUUCGAGGCAAGCUUGGCCGGGGCUUGCCGACAAGACUUGUUCCCGUUGAGGUUCUGGGUCAACAAAUGACAAGUGCAGGUCAUGAAUAUGGACCCAUACCUCUUGGUCAUGCAUUGUUGAAGUGUGGAGAGACGGAAUGUGCUCUUGGUAUAGCUGAGAAGGAGUUUGUCGGCACAGGAGUCAACCGAUUUGUCAUACCUAUGAAGAAGUUUCUGGAUGAGGAGAUCAGAUCACUCCAGAGAGAGCGUUCAGUCCUCAAUCGCAAACGUCUCGACCUUGAUUCCGCCAAGGCCCGGCAAAAGCGAGCAAAAACCACUGAUCGUAUGCAAGCUGCUGAUGCCGAAGUUCGACAGUGUCAGAAUGACUUUGAUCGCCAAUAUGAACUGACAAAGUUGAUGUUGGAAGGUUUGUCCAAAUCUCGGGUUUCUCAAGUUCGUAAUUUACAAGAUUUCAUUGAGGCACAGGAAACUUACCAUCGUACUUGUGCUGAGCAACUCCAAGAAUUGCAACAAGAUCUGAGAAGAUCAUUCUCGGCUAUGAAUGCAACUGCACCUCCACCGGAAGAAGCUUUUUCUUCUGCUGCAUCAGACUUUGCCUCACCUACAGCAUCGGCAGCAUCAACCCCAUCAUCAGAUAUGACAACAACACAAACAUUCAGCUCUGCUCCAGUCCAUCGCCGUGCUAAAGUCACCUAUGAUUAUGAUGCCGCUAAUGAACAGGAACUCUCACUGCUUGCUGAUGAGGUUAUUGUUGUAUACAGCAGUCCAGGGUUGGAUUCUGGUUACAUGAUGGCAGAGAGAGGCGCAGAGAAAGGACGAGUACCUGUAGCAUACAUUGAGUUGCUUUGAACUUAUAUAUGUAGUGAGUAAUUUUAAUAAUUACGAAAACUCCUGUUCGUUGUGCAACCUACAAUGUUCUUGCUGCUGCUGCUGCUACUUCUUCUUCUGCCACAUGUGUUGCUUCUGAUGCUUCCAGCGCCACCUGAAUAUCCAGCUCUGGCUUUGCAUUUCACCAAUGCAUGUGAUACGCGCGCGAGCGCGCGUGUGUUUGUGUGUGUGUGUGUGUGUGUGUGUGUGUGUGUGUGUGUGUGUGUGUGUGUGUGUUGAGCCUUGUGUGCUAGCACGGUCAGUAUCUCUCAUUGCCUAUGGACUACAAGUAUUAGUUAUAUCCUUGCAUCAAAAGUAUUUUCACUGUAUCUGUCCAGGAAACUGUUUUCCCAAUGGGUACCCCAAUUCUCUGCAUCUAUUCCAUUGUCAUCUAUUCCAUUGACUAUUUUCUACUGAGCAGUUUCUACUGAGCAGUUUCUGUAUUCUAUGUGUGCCAUCCAGCUGUGAUGUUAUGCUGUUUUCUAUAUCACGGUUCUGCUAUUUGCAAUGCUGUCCAAUGACUUGUUCUAUGUUUAAGCCACUUAUCACCUUCUUUGUAUGUAGUGAUGUGUAGGCCACAUGCCCACCGUCAUCAUCCAGCAUAGGUAUGCAUUGUGUAGGCCACAUGCCCGCCGUCAUCCAGCAUAGGUAUGCAUUGUGUAGGCCACAUGCCCGCCGUCAUCCAGCAUAGGUAUGCAUUGUGUAGGCCACAUGCCCGCCGUCAUCCAGCAUAGGUAUGCAUUGUGUAGGCCACAUGCCCACCGUCAUCCAGCAUACACAUAGGUAUGCAUUGUAGAAAGGUGUGCAUGAACACUGUCUCUACGCAGGCAGCGUGACCUCACACUUUCACAGAAUUGUAUUAUACCUCAGUACCAAUGCAUUGCAUCUGAUCAUGCCGUUGUCAUCCCGUUAUGUAUGUUUCACAAAUUUCACAAUGUGCUUAGCACAGUAUUUAUUAGCACAGUGGUUUGAGAAUGCAAAUCAUGAACUUGUUAUUGUAA